AUGAGCAUUACCACUGUCGCACUACUAGGCGCCGAUGGCAAUCUGGGACCAUCGAUCUACGAGGCACUUACAUCCAACGAGUUUGACGUCACAGUACUAAAGAGAAAGUCCUCCAAGUCAAACACAAAGUACCCAAAGCAAGUGACCGUGGGUGAUGCAUUUGAGGUUGAUGAGCUGGUGGAUGCUCUCAAAGGGCAGGAUGCGGUGGUAGUCACUGUCAAGGGGAGUCAGACUGAUCUGCAAAGGCGCAUUGCAGACGCGGCUGUACGUGCUGGCGUGAAGCGAUUCAUACCAGCGGACUUCGGAUCAGUGGACUCGUCCAGCCCAUUAACUCAAGAGCUAGUACCGCUCUACAAACACAAGUCGGCAUUCAGGGAGUAUCUCAUUGAGCUUGCCAAGAAGCAUCCUAACUUCAGCUGGACGUCCCUGGUCUGUGGUCAUUUCUUCGACUGGAGCCUCGAGUUCUUGCACGUGUGGCUUCAGGACCGCAGAGUCGAGGUCCUUGACGAUGGAGAGACCAAGUGGUCGGCAAGCUCGCUCUCCCAGAUUGGCAAAGCUACUGUGCGUAUCUUGCAGCGUCCUGAGGUCACAAAGAACCGAAUGAUUUACAUUCAGAGUUUCCUCAUCUCGCAGAAUGAGAUGGUCAGCUCACUCGAACGCGCCACGCAGUCUCAAUGGACUGUGGUCAAACGCGAUGCGAAGGAAUACCAGCUGGAGGAGAAGCGGAAGGCUGAUGCUGGCGACUUGAAAGCUGUGGAGAAUCUUGUCUGGUUGCUGGGCGCAAUUGACGCCAACUGGGAGGAGAAGAAAGACUUCGUGAUGAGAGAUCUUGGCCUGGAAAAUGAGGAUCUAGAUACUGUUGUGAAGAUGACGCUUGAGAAGCAUGGGAAUGUACAAGGCUGA